AUGAAACUCUUAUCGAUCCUUGCUUGUGUAGUGACGGAAGAGAGGAGGGCUACCGAGGCAAAGAGGAUGAACGAGUCCUCUAAGCGGCGCCUAAUGAUGGGCCUUCAAGGCAAGAAGGUGAAAUGGCAGGCAGGGGCAGCGGCCGUUCCGUCGGUGGGGGUUGAUCCAGAAGAUCAGACCUUUGUCGAUCGCCUGAGGCAACUUAAUGCCAAGGCGGCUUCGGCCGGUACUGGAGCAGUUAGCCCUUCGGCAAGGCGGGGUCAGAUAUUAGGCGCCACUUCAUCCAAGGCCGUCGGAAAGAGGCCGAUGACGGUGGACUUGGAGGCAGAGCUGGCGCCCAAGCGGACUCGGUAG